GGCCUCUCUUGCACGGGGGCAAUGCCUGCUUCUUUACAAGGUUAAAAUAGCGGUUGCCGAAGACUUGCUAAAGCAUACCCCUUGCAUAGCUGUAAACUGGUUAACCUUGCGGACUGCAAAAGCAACUGGACUUCCAAUCCUUAUGCGAAUAUGUUAUAGGACCUUAUCUUAAACGGCCGCGCCCAGCGCAGGCCCGGACGCCUGUGGCUGGAAUCCAGCUUGCCUCUUGUCCGGGCACAUGAAUCUUUUUCUUAGAACAUGUGCGUAGUUUGCUGGCAAGAGUUUGAUGACUGCAGCAACCCUCCCGUGGACUUGGGCUGUGGCCAUUUCGGCUGCGUGACUUGCCGCGCUGCGAUAGAGCGCUGCCCCGUCUGCCAUGCAGCUGUGGCAGCAUCUCCAAACAGCAGGAAAAGUACUCUACACGAGCUAAUUGACAUCAAGCAGUGGCCCACGCCCCGGCGUCGUUGGCGCUUAGCCGAGGGUCAAGGGGCGGACUUAGGGGACCUGCUUGACGACGACCAUCUGGCGCCACUUACGCUCGGCUCUGCAGAUGAGGCGGUCACUCCACGCCUCCGCAUGCUUGAGCGUGUUCCCAGCAGCGCAUCAGGCAGCAUGGCACUCCGGCCGCCAAACUGCGUCGCAGUUAGCGCCGGGCACCUAGUCCACGGGGGCUUCGUGGUGGGCCGCACAGUGGUCUUCCUCGCCCUGGUGCCAACCGCACGUCUUGGCCUGUUCAUCACCCGUACGGUGCUCUUCACCACUCUGCAUGCCGCCACGGGUGUAGGCCAUGCAAUCGCGCAUGUAGCCACUCGCCUGGCGCGGUUCGCACUCGCCCCUCGCUACUCCAUCAUAGGCUUCGACGGCAGCAAGCAGCACCAGCACCCGCAGCUCUGUUCCCGCGGCCACUCCUCCUCCUCCGCCUCAGACUCGCACUGCAAACCGCAUCACCAGCAGCUCCAGCUCAACCCCACCCGGGUCCGCAGGCGUCAGCACCCCCGCCACG